GCUGUUUGUUUCCUUUUCCGUCUAAUGGAGUUUUCUUCCUUGUAAAGUCGUCCAGGUGCGUCUCUCGGAUGGAGCCGGAGUCUGCUCGGCCCCAGGAGGAGGAGGACGGAGCGGGCUCCGCGGCCAUGCUGUGGUCCGUCCAGGAGGCCGUGGAGAAGCAGACGCUGCAGAUCGGCGCGUCCGCCUGCGGCGCCACGGCCGUGGUGGACGCGCUGCGCGGCCUCGGCCUCGCCGCGGCCCCGGAGGACGCGGACCGCUGCGUGCAGACCCGGCUGAGGAGGAACGAGGCUCCGCUGCCGGAAUACCUGCUGUCCCGCAGCAGCGCAGGUGCGACUCACGCUCAGCUCAUCCGAGGAGCUCAGGAGGCCAGUGACCAGAAGGUGAUUGGUCGAUUCUUCCACCUUCACCCUCGCCGCCGGGUCAGACUGGUCCCCUGGCUCGCACGCUGGAUUGGGAAAGGUGCCGUCCCCGUGGCGACCAUGAACAUGCAGCUGGCUGUGCCAGAGGGCGAGGAGGUGCCCGACGCCUGGCACCAUCAGCUCAUUUUCGGAGUUGCCCCUAACACUGUUUUUAUGACCAAUCCGUUAGAAGUAGUUCGUGAGAGGGAGGUGCACCAGCGGCUCUGCAGUGAAUCGGUGCUGCUGAUUCGCCGGGAGGACGUGCUGCAGCGACUGACGCCCGGCUGCUCGUUGUCUGAACUCUCGGGGAGCCAGUUUGACCAGCGGUGGCAGGACCUGGAUGUGGAGGGUCAGGUGAGGAGGAUGGUCCUGGAAGAAGAGCAUGAACAAGACAGACCCAAGAUGACGCACGUGGUGAUCCCUGCAGCUUACCUUUCAGGCAUCACCGUCUUUGCCCUGCGAGAGUCGGAGCUGGGACAAGAACUACUCAAUGCUCCUGAGCUUGCUUUGUUAUGACCGACAGGAAAGGGUUGAUAUCUAAAGUUUGAAGGUUCAACUCGUACUGACCCGUGACUGUGCAGAAAAUUCAAGUUUCAAAAAAGCUCCUGAUGAAAUGGACUGAAGUCGUGCACAUGAGCCAGCAGUUUGUCAAAACUUACUAAAAGGAAGUUCUCCCUCUUCUGCUACUUGGCACGGUUCAGACAAUUGACCAAAAGUGGGAACAAAUCUAAUCUCAUCACUCCCUAUUUGGCCAAAUCUCUGUUACCUUUAAAAUUCACUGAGAAUGUAUUGAUUUUUUUUUGAUUUUUUUUAUUUCCUGUCCAAAAGCAACUCCAGCUUAUAUUUCAGAGCUUUUAUGAAUUUGUGUGCAAAAUAUAUCAGCAGUUUUAUCAUCUGUGAUCAUUUCAAAAGUCAUUUUAGAGGUGAUGGAGUUGCUGCGUUCAGGAACGGUUAGAAAAACUGACUUUCUCAA